UCAGAAUGCAUGUUGCAUACAUGCAUAAAUAACCGAACACGCACAAAAAAUAAUGUUGAAACUACUAUAUUAAAUGGACACUAUACGCGAUUCAAUAUAGAAUUAUACAGUUCUUCAACAAUGAUUGUGUUAUUGCUAAUUGCUAGCGUAGCCACAAUAACUGCGGCUACAAAUGAAGAGGCAACUUCUCAUACUCAUAUCAACCCGGAAUAUCUGAAACCUCGUGAAGAAUACUACAAACCUAUUCUUUAUCAUCCCAUAAGAGAACAUGAAAGUGGAAGAUACCACAACAACUACUUUGGACACUAUGCUGGCGAUUACAACGGUCACUAUAGAAACAACAAAGGAUAUCCGUACAGCCCCUAUUUAGAACGUGAAAUUAAUACCGAACAAAUCUAUGGAAAUCCUAUUCUUGGGCACAAGGAGCCUUAUUAUAUUCCCCAUAACCCAUCACAUUAUAUACCCAAUCAUAAAUAUGGAUAUAUCAAGGCGAAAGGGUCAUAUCACAACGUCAGUCCCUUUGUAGAACGCAAGGUGGACAGUUAUCCUUAUAAUCUAGGCUACGGGAAUGAUGGGCUCUAUUACUCACAUAGCCGUGCCAGAUAUCCAAUACACUAAUUAUGAAGAUAGAUUUCAUUUAAUCUAUAAGUUCAUAAUACAUAAUUUGAUGUAGUGUUUUUGAUUGUAUUUUAUAUCGAUAAAGAUAAUGACCAUGAUUAUUUUAUACCAGUUCUUUAAUCUUGUACAUACCAUACAUUGAUUGAUAUAAUACGAUUUAUAUGGUAUACCACAUAGAUGUAUGAAAAGAGAUCGCUUAGUACAUAAGACUGUCCGUUGCAUCAAGCUUUUUCAUUUUUGUUAAUAUCAUUUUAUGGCACUUAUAAAUAAAAUAAUGAAUGUUAUUAUUGAUCUGUAUGUACGAAAAAUCUUCGUUUAAGUAGUAAAUCUACUAUUAUACUAUAUUAUAUCUACUAUUAUACUAUAUUAUAUCUAUC